AUGCAAUUCUCCAAGUCUCUCAUGCUGCUCGCAGCCCUCACCACCGGCACCCUGGCCCGGCCUACCGGCGUGGAGCGUCGCGCAACCACCACCAGCGCCAGCUCCAACUCAGACUGGACCUCCACCCCUUCCAGCGGCUCGUACGCGACUUCUGGGUUCGGCAGCUCGACCAGCUCCUCCGGCACCGGCGUGACCUACGCAGGCAACGUCGGCAACCCGUACGGCAGCAACAUCAUUGAGGUCUCCAGCUCCGAAGCCAGCCAGUACAAGUACGUGGCGCAGUUCAAGGGAUCCAACACUGACGACUGGACCGUCGCCAUCUUCAACAAGUACGGCAAAGAUGGGAAGAUGGACGGGUGGUACGGACAAGCCUGUAACACCUUCACCCUCGCCGCAGGCGAGACCAAGUACAUUGCCUUUGAUGACGACUCCCAGGGUGGCUGGGCUGCAGCCUCUGGCUCAACCAUCCCCACCGACUCAUCGGGUGGCUACGCCUCCACUUGGGGUGAGUUCGAUUUCGGAUCCACCACCAACAACGGCUGGUCUGGCUUUGACGUCUCGGCCAUUGCCGCUCAGAAUGCGGACAUGAGCAUCUCUGGUAUGAAGAUUUGUGAUGCCCUUGGCUCCACUUGCUCUUCUAUCACCAAGGAUGCUGCCACUGUCGACAAUGCCUACACCUCUGCCGAGACUGAUAUCGGUGGUAUCGGUGCUAACAUUGCCUCCGGUCCUGUCCGUCUGGCUGUUACUAUCGACUACAGUUCUUAA